CUUUUCCAAAGUUUAGCUGAAACAAUUCGCUGCUCUUCUGAACGCGGCAUCAGUAACUGCACACGUCCCAGCUGAAUUAACGGAGCCCAAAUUCGCCCAUGCACCGGAUUCAGGACUCACAGACUUUCUCGUGCUGCUCCAAGUGUCAUAUCGGUCUGAUGACCGUUGCAGAUCUAUGGCAUUAUAAAUGCAGUAGCUUGCCUUUGUGUGAUGGGUCCAAACUAUCGAUGCAUUAGGUUGAGGCAAAAGUUACUAUUCAGACCACCUUGUAAAUGGACUGUAGAUGUUCCAGGAGGGAUCUGUUUUGUCCUCUGUGCAGUUUGACAUGAUGGUUCCGCUGGACUGCGGCAUUAAAGUUUUGGGACCAGCAACUUUUUCUCUGUACUUCGUGAUAACAGCUGGACUUAUUUCUGUGAUCGAGAGCACAACAUCGAUCGGAUAUAAUCAAGACACAGAUGGUUCUCUCAGUGGAGUUCCCAGCUACGAAGUUGUUUAUCCUAUCAGAGUGGAUUCCUCAGGACAUUUUUUGUCUAAUCUUGUGUCUCACCGUGUAAGUCGAAUUCAGAGAAGAGAGACAGAAAAAAGCAAAGAGAGACUGACCCAGGUCUACUACUAUCUUCAGUAUGGUGGUCAGGACCUUCACUUUAACCUCACCCUGAACCCUCAUCUGCUGGCUCCUGGAUUCCUUACUGAGCGGAGAUAUGGUGGCCUGCAGGGCUCAACUCUACAUGGUCAUGGCCACUCUCUCUGUUUCUUCCUGGGAGAUGUCUGGAGCAGCAUGCUGAAGAGUGGUCAGGCAGCGGUCAGCACCUGCAAUGGCCUGACAGGGCUGUUCAAGCUUUCAGAGGAGGAGUUCUUCAUUAGUCCACUGGAACAGGAGCAAGAAGAGUCCACAACACAGGCUCAUGCCAUCUAUAAACGACACGCUGUCCAGUCUGAACGCCAGCUGGUGCAGCCGCUGUUUGGAGAGCACACAGCAAACGCCACCUGUGGGGUCAAAGGAGGAGCCGAGCAGUUUGAGAGGCAGAGGGAGCGCUGGGAGAGUCGACAGCAGCGCAAACGGAUUCGACAGCGCUCGAUAAGCACUGAGAAGUGGGUAGAGACUCUGGUAGUGGCUGAUCCUAAAAUGGUGGAGUACCAUGGAAGCAAAGGAGUUGUGAGCUAUGUGCUCUCUGUCAUGAAUAUUGUGGCUGGGUUGUUUCGAGAUGCCAGCAUCGGAAAUGCCAUCAACAUUGCUGUUGUGCGUCUUGUUCUGUUGGAAAAGGACGAGGAGGAUUUGAAAAUCACCCAUCAUGCAGACAACAGUCUGCACAGCUUCUGUAAGUGGCAGAAAAACAUCAAUAUGAAAGACGAUGACCAUCCAGUCCAUCAUGACGUGGCUGUCCUGAUUACUAGAAAAGACAUUUGUGCUGCCAUUAAUAAGCCAUGUGAGACACUGGGACUGUCUCAUGUGGCAGGAAUGUGUCAACCUCAUCGCAGCUGCAGCAUCAAUGAAGACACAGGCCUGCCGCUGGCAUUCACUAUCGCUCACGAACUCGGCCACAACUUUGGGAUUCAGCAUGAUGGGAACGGGAAUGACUGCGAGCCCAUUGGGAAAAGGCCUUUCGUCAUGUCUCCACAGCUCUUGUAUGGUACUUCACCACCAAACUGGUCUCGGUGCAGCCGUGAAUACAUCACACGCUUCCUUGAUCGAGGUUGGGGCUGGUGUCUGGAUGACCCUCCUGUCAGAAAUGAGCUGGAUCUUCACCCUGCUCCCCCUGGUGUCCUGUACAGCGCUGCUCAUCAGUGCAAGCUGCAGUAUGGAUCCAGUUCACUGCUCUGUGACGAAGUAGAUAACAUCUGCAGCACCCUGUGGUGCACAGUGGGCUCAACCUGCCACUCCAGACUGGAUGGUGCUGUUGAUGGGACAAAGUGUGGAGAGGACAAGUGGUGUUUUGAUGGAGAGUGUGUGACGAAAGGCACCCAGCCUGAAAGUGUGCAUGGAGGCUGGGCUUCAUGGAGCGAUUGGUCAGACUGCUCCAGGACCUGCGGCACAGGAGUUCAGAAUGCCCAAAGGGACUGCAUAAACCCUGUACCUAAGUAUGGAGGAAGAUACUGUCUUGGAGAACGUCAAAGAUAUCGAACUUGUAACCAUGAGUCCUGUCCUGUGGACCAGCCCAGCUUCAGACACAUGCAGUGCAGCCGCUUCAACACGGUCCCUUAUAAGGGGAAGUUUUAUAAAUGGAUACAUGUGAAUAACAGAGUUAAUCCAUGCGAGCUGCACUGCCGACCCAUGAAUGAGCAUUUCUCAGAAAGGAUGCUGGAUACGGUCAUUGAUGGGACACAGUGCUACGAGGGCAGCCAGAGUCGUGACAUAUGUGUUAACGGCAUUUGCAAGUAUUUAGGCUGUGAUUUUGAGAUCGACUCAGACGCAGUUGAGGAUCAAUGCGGAGUUUGCCUUGGAAAUGGAUCCACAUGUGAGACUGUCAGGAAGACCUUUGAGGACAGUGAAGGACUCGGCUAUGUCGACAUAGGUUUAAUUCCGGAAGGAGCACGGGACAUCCGUAUUGAGGAAGUUGCAGAGGCUGGGAACUACUUGGCUUUACGCAGUAAUGACCCUGAAAAAUAUUUCCUGAACGGUGGCUGGACGAUUCAGUGGAAUGGCGAGUAUAAGGCUGCAGGGACAAUUUUCACUUAUGAAAGGACCGGGCAGCUGGAAAACCUAUCUUCCCCCGGACCGACCAUGGAGCCAGUGUGGAUUCAGCUGCUAUUUCAAGAGACGAAUCCAGGCGUGAGGUACGAGUACACCAUAAGCAGAGACACUCUCCUUGACUCCAGCAAUGGUACUGCUGUCUCUUAUUUCCAGUGGAUUUAUGGGGCUUGGACUGAAUGCAGCGCCACAUGUGGAACUGGUAUGCAAAGGCAAAUUGUGCAUUGUGUGGAGAAAACGUCUGGAAUUGUUGAGGAGCAUUACUGUGAUGCAUCCAUGAGACCAGAUGACAAGCAAACUAGCUGCAAUAAGGGCUUGUGUCCUGCCAUAUGGUGGGCUGGAGACUGGCAGAAGUGCUCAUCUAGCUGUGGGGAAAUGGGGCUCAGGAAGAGAACUGUGCUGUGUAUUCGGAGCCUUGGGCUUGAUGAGCAACGAGCGCUUCAGCCUGCUGAAUGUCAGCACUUACCUAAGCCUGAGUCCAUUAUUCCGUGUAACACGCAAGUGUCCUGUCCUGCAGACUGGACCACUGGAAGCUGGUCAGAGUGCUCAGUGAGCUGCGCCACUGGUUUGCGGAUACGUGAUGUGACCUGCAGAUGGAAUACUGGAUCAGACUGUGAUCCGAAAGCCAAGCCCAACUCAACCAUGCCAUGCUAUGCUCAGGACUGCCCCAUAAACACAGACAUUAGCGACUGGUCAGGAAGUGGCGCUUCCAGCAAAGAAGUUUUCAAUGAGAUAGAUGUUAUACCACAUGAUGGUCACUUCAGUCAGACCAAAAACCAGCCCAGGCAAAAUGCUGACCUCAAUGACAUUGUAGAGAAUGAUUUCUCACAUUACAAUCACAUUGAAAAGUCCCCUGAAAAUUCCAUUGUGAAAAAUCUUCAUGUCGAUGAUUUCUAUUACGACUAUAACUUCAUCAAAUUCCAUGAGGAUCUGUCAUAUGACCUCGAUGAAGAUGAUGCGUUUGAUAACUCAGGAAUAAAACAUAAAGAUCUGACAGGGACAUAUGUAUCCAAUACUACUACCUCAUCACCAAGCACCACUGCAGACCAACACAGUACGGCCACUAUGUACUCUGAUAGCAUUACUAAAGGUACUGAAGGUCACAAGCCCCCCAAUAAAGGCAUUGCAGAUGACAAUAAUGAUGCGCUAUUUGCUGAAGACUAUUUACUUCCUGUCAUUACAACAACUGAACCAACCUCUUCAGUUACCAGGUUAUUUAAUAAAUUGAAGGCAUCAGGCACUGAUUCUGACCUAAUGCAGGACAUCAGUGUUACAAGGAACCCUCUAUCAACAGCAGAUGUCUCCCUUCAGAACGAAAAUGAAUUUGUGUCGGACACCUUUUUAACUCCUGAACCAGAUUUAGAUUCAAAGGGGAAUUUAAAUAAUGAAGAUGAUUACGAUGACGAACUAAAAGAUACAACCAAAAUUCCCAUACCUGAAGAUGAGAAUGAAGAGUUUGGCGAAGAUGUUCCUGGAGGUGAAAGUGAGUGGGAAAGCUUUCAACCACCAUCCUUUACUCAACCUUAUGAACCUCCUUUAGAUUAUAUAUUUCAGUUUGAAACCUAUGAAAACAGUGCUGUUCAAAAUCCAACUACUCCAUUACAUUGGAAUAUGGCCUCACCAACAGUUUCAACUACUCGACAAUCAAAUCUUCUCAGCAGUGUUUCCAGCAAUGACUUUACAAAGCAUGAACCAACAACUAACUCUGAGACAAGUGAACCCUGGCCUGCUGUAAGAGAGUUCACUGUGACCUCAAACAGCCUUUCUCAAGAGUUUUCUCCGACUUCCUCUAUCCCAGCCAAACAUUACAGUAGCAUGACCUCAGAAGCUGGAACAACAGCGCUACCUCCUACAGAAAUGGAAAGUGAUUUUGAGCCCCCGAUCUUUACUCCAGUUGAGAUUCCGGACACAAUCAUUUCAGCGGAGACUUACGAUUGGUAUUCAACAGCCAUUGCACUAACUAAGAACAAUGGGCCUAGAACAGAGCCUUGGGGGACUACAGUCCCCUUACCUCGCUGGACAGAGAUUGAUAACAAUGAGGUUAUUAUUGGCCGAAUACCGAGACCUUCUGGGCUGAAUCCUACUCUCUUUACUCCUACUGAGCAGCCAUCUCAGGGCACUAGCAGUGAGCAUUCAGUGCAUUCCUCAAGCCCUCUGAUGCCCACUGGGCUGGUCAUGGCCUCCCUUUCCCCAUCAGCCUCCCCUGCACACUGGAAUAAAGGCAACUGGAGUGCUUGCUCAACAAGUUGUGGGCUUGGAGCCAUCUGGAGGACAGUGUCCUGCAGCAGUGGAGAUGAAUCAGACUGUGAUUUAGCUACAAGGCCAGUGCCAGCACGCCGCUGCUACCUUCGACCUUGCUCUGCAUGGAAUAUUGGAGAAUGGAGUAAAUGUUCAAAGAAUUGUGGUGUAGGAGUAAAAGUGAGAGAGAUUCAGUGUCACGACACAAGAGAUCAGAGGUCGCUGAGGCCAUUUCAUUGUCAAGCUACCUCUCCGAGACCUCCUGUCCGAAUCCCCUGUAACAUUCACAGCUGUUUGGACUGGUACACCUCAUCCUGGGGGCAGUGUUCAGAGAUGUGUGGAGGGGGGGAACAGCAGAGACUGGUCACUUGCCCAGAAACUGGGAGAUGUGAUGAGGACCUGCAGCCCAGCUCCAUCCAGUCUUGCAAUGUCCAUCCAUGCAACCAGUGGAUAACUGGAUCCUGGGGUCAAUGCUCUGUGUCCUGUGGAGGAGGCAUUCAGCGCAGACUGGUCAAAUGUGUCAACACUAAAGCAGAGCUAGAAGAUGAGAAUGAGCAUGUGGAUUGUGAACACGACCCUCGACCAAACAACACAAAGAAGUGUAACGUCCAUGACUGUGACAGCGCCCCCUCUGGUCAGCUGUGUUUACGGGACCUACUGACGUUACGUUUCUGCCAGACACUCCAUUGGCUUGGCCGAUGUCAAGUGCCUUCUGUUCGUGUGAAGUGCUGCAAGACCUGCAGUUUGCCACCACGAGGCAGUGAUCGCACCACAAGCCGCUAAGAUACACACACUGCAGAAUGUAAUAACAGGAAACACAAGAUUAUGACAGAAAUACUCAAAGAAGCAAUGGAUUAAUCCAUUGCUGGACUAGCUUUCAAUCGGGUCUAAUCAAGCUGCUGCAAUUGACAAUUAUCAGAACACACAAUCUGUUUGUUUAUACAAUAAUCAUUGUGUUGGAUUAUGCGAUUUUGACUCAAGAACUAGUGUUUAAACAAACAAUUGUUUCAAUCACACCUGCCAACACUCCCAUUUUUCCCGGGAGUCUGACGUAUUUCAGACCCAUCUCCCGCCACCCUCCUGUUUUGUUAUUUCUCCAGAAAACUCCUGUAAUUUCACCCCCUGGAUUUUUUGAGACAAAUGUUGGCAGGUUCGGUUUCCAUCCAAAGAUGUGAAUUAGAUUAAUGCGCAAAACUGGAAUAUCACAUACAAUAUAUGCAAAUAAAUCCAAUGUAUCAAAGGGAACAAAAUCUUCACUCCCUCCCUGAUAAACUGGUGACAAAUAUUUAUUCAUUCAUUUUCCAUUGGCUUAUUCCCUUUAUUCAUCUGGGGCCGCCACAAUGGAAUGAACCGCCAACUUGUCCAAUGUUUUAACACAGCGAAUGCCCUUCCAGCUGCAAGGA